GGGGAACCUUUCUCACCCGUGGGAGAUGGGGGCUGUCGGCUACCGUGAGGUUGCGGCCCUGGGUUCCUCCCGCACGCCCGGUUCGGCGGGAUCCUCUUCGCGGCUGGCCUCGAGCACCGGCGCGCCCUGAGCUCGGAACGUUGUGCGGUAACGACGAGCUCCGGUCCCGGGUGCUGUGCGCGCCUCGUGCUUUUGAAAACCGUACUUCUACAGCCACGAGACGGACGUGGUUUUGCCUUAAAAGACACUCUAACGGCAACGCUGCUGUAGCGACUUUGUGAAUGGAUGGAUCUUGUUGCCGCCGUUAUUCGCGCUUAGACCGUUUUUGCCUUUAAGUCUGAUUCCGCAGCCGCGCACAACCCCCGCGUACGUGGCAUCGUUGCAGAGCGAUUUGCGGGAGAGCCCCGCGUCGCGGUGUCAGACACCAGCUGGGUCACCUCUCUCCCCACGGGCCCCGCCGCCUGCGACCCGCCGAGCGGCUCGCCUCGCCCGCCAUACGCCGAGCCGGCACCGGGUGUGCGGCGGUGAGGCCCGGCCCCAGCCGGUCACGCCGCUGACGGAGCACGAUUUCCAGAUCCCGGAGGGAGUCUGGGGGCGGAACGGGCCAGUCCCCGUUCGUUAAAUGGGUUCGAUUGCUUUGAGACACGGCACCAGCGGCAGACUCGCCGUGCCCGGGGCGGGGCGGCGGAGGCCACGCCCAGGUGCCGCAGGGGGCGGGACUACGCCUCCCAGGGUGCCGCGGGGCUGGCCCGUCCCGGCGUGCCCCGCGCUGUCCGCCCGGUGGGAGAGCGGAGAUGAUCGUAGCUUCUCUUCUAGAAGAAGUGGGCAAACCAGUUAGGAGUAGGAAACAACAAGUAUAGCAAUAGAGAUGGAUGAACAAGCCCUUUUAGGGCUAAACCCAAAUGCUGAUGCGGACUUCAGACAAAGAGCACUAGCCUACUUUGAGCAGCUGAAAAUAUCUCAGGAUGCUUGGCAAGUCUGUGCAGAAGCGUUAGCUCAGAGUAUAUACAGUGAUGAUCACAUCAAGUUCUUUUGCUUUCAAGUUCUGGAACAUCAAAUUAAGUUCAAAUACUCUGAACUCACUGAAGUCCAGCAGCAGCUAAUUAGGGAAACACUCGUAACAUGGCUGCAAGCACAGAUGCUGAAUCCCCAGCCUGAGAAGACUUUUAUUCGCAACAAAGCAGCGCAAGUCUUUGCAUUGCUUUUUGUUACCGAAUAUCUCACAAAAUGGCCCAAGUUUUUUUUUGAUAUUCUAUCAGUAGUUGACCUUAAUCCACGGGGCGUGGAUAUGUACCUCAGAAUCCUGAUGGCUGUUGAUGCUGAGCUGGUAGACCGCGAUGUUGUUCAUACAUCAGAGGAGGCUCGUAGGAACACCUUAUUAAAAGAUACUAUGAGGGAACAGUGCAUUCCAAGUUUGGUGGAAUCAUGGUACCAAAUCUUGCAAAACUAUCAAUAUAAUAACUCAGAGUUGACAUGCCAGUGCCUUGAAGUAGUUGGAGCUUAUGUAUCCUGGAUAGAUUUGAGCCUGAUAGCCAAUGAAAGGUUUAUAAACAUGCUGCUAGGUCACAUGUCUGUGGAAGUUCUCCGGGAAGAAGCCUGUGAUUGUUUGUUUGAAAUUGUAAAUAAGGGAAUGGACCCAAUUGAUAAAACAAAAUUGGUUGAAUCUUUAUGUCAAGUAUUGCAGUCUGCGGGUCUCUUCAGUAUUGAUCAGGAAGAUGACGUGGAUUUUCUGGCCAGAUUUUCUAAGCUGGUCAAUGGGAUGGGGCAAGCAUUGAUAGCUAGUUGGACUAAACUGAUAAAAAAUGGUGAUAUGAAGAGUGCUCAAGACACUCUGCAAGCUAUUGAAGCAAAGGUGUCCCUAAUGUUGCAACUGCUAAUUCAUGAAGAUGACGACAUCUCAUCUAAUAUCAUUGGCUUUUGUUAUGACUACCUUCACAUCUUGAAACAACUUUCUGCGCUUUCAGACCAACAAAAAGCUAAUGUAGAGGCAAUCAUGUUGGCUGUUAUGAAGAAGUUGACAUAUGAUGAAGAAUAUAAUUUUGAAAAUGAGGGUGAAGAUGAAGCAAUGUUUGUGGAGUACAGAAAACAGUUGAAACUGUUGCUGGACAGACUUGCUCAGGUCUCACCCGAGUUACUGUUAGCGUCUGUCCGCAGAGUUUUUAACACUACACUGCAGAAUUGGCAGACUACGCGAUUUAUGGAAGUAGAAGUAGCCAUAAGGCUGCUGUAUAUGUUGGCUGAGGCUCUUCCUGUAUCUCAUGGUGCUCACUUCUCUGGUGAUGUUACAAAAGCUACGGCUUUGCAAGACAUGAUGAGAACACUGGUGACUUCUGGUGUUAGUGCCUAUCAACAUACAUCAGUGACCCUGGAGUUCUUUGAAACAGUGGUCAGAUAUGAAAAAUUCUUUGCUGUUGAACCUCAGCACAUUCCAACUGUUCUAAUGGCAUUUUUAGAUCACCGUGGUCUUCGCCAUACAAGUCCCAAAGUACGAAGUCGAACAGCUUACCUCUUCUCCAGAUUUGUCAAGUCUCUUAAUAAGCAAAUGAAUCCCUUUAUUGAAGAUGUUCUGAAUAGAAUACAAGACCUGCUGGAACUUUCUCCUCCUGAAAAUGGUUACCAGGCUCUCUUAAGCAGUGAUGAUCAACUUUUCAUUUAUGAAACAGCUGGAGUAUUAAUAGUUAACAGUGAAUACUCUGCAGAAAGAAAACAGGCUCUAAUGAGGAAUUUGUUGACUCCGCUGAUGGAGAAGUUCAAAGUAUUGUUAGAAAAACUGAUGAUGGCACAAGAUGAGGACAGACAGAUGGCACUGGCUGACUGCCUCAAUCAUGCAGUUGGGUUUGCUAGCCGAACCAGCAAGGCUUUCAGCAAUAAGCAAACUGUAAAACAAUGUGGCUGCUCAGAGGUUUAUCUGGACUGCUUACAAACAUUUUUGCCAGCUCUCAGUUGUCCAUUACAAAAGGAAGUUCUGCGAAGUGGUGUCCGCACUUUCCUUCACCGCAUGAUUAUUUGCCUAGAGGAGGAAGUCCUUCCGUUCAUUCCUUCGGCCUCUGAACACAUGCUUAAAGAUUGUGAAGCAAAAGACCUUCAAGAAUUCAUUCCUCUUAUAAACCAAAUAACAGCUAAGUUUAAGACACAGGUUUCACCUUUCCUACAACAGAUGUUUAUGCCACUCCUUCAUGCUAUUUUUGAGGUGUUGCUCCUUCCAGCAGAAGAAAAUGACCAGUCUGCUGCUUUAGAAAAACAAAUGUUAAGGAGGAGUUACUUUGCUUUUCUGCAGACAGUAACUGGCAGUGGAAUGAGUGAAGUCAUAGCUAAUCAAGGUGCAGAGAAUGUGGAGCGUGUGUUGUUCACUGUCAUUCAAGGAGCAGUGGAUUACCCAGAUCCUAUUGCACAGAAGACUUGUUUUAUUAUUCUUUCUAAGUUGGUGGAGCUUUGGGGAGGUAAAGAUGGACCAGUAGGUUUUGCAGACUUUGUCUACAAGCACAUUGUUCCUGCAUGUUUCUUAGCACCUUUGAAGCAAACGUUUGACUUAGCAGAUGCCCAGACAGUAUUGGCUUUAUCAGAAUGUGCAGUGACGUUAAAAACAAUUCAUCUCAAAAGGGGUCCUGAGUGCAUUCAGUAUCUUCAGCAAGAGUAUUUGCCUUCUUUGCAAGUAGCUCCUGAGAUAAUCCAGGAAUUCUGUCAAGCACUUCAGCAGCCUGAUGCUAAAGUCUUUAAAAAUUACUUAAAGGUAUUCUUCCAGAGAGCGAAGCCCUAAGGAAAAUACUGGAAUCUCAUGUACCUGUUUCCAUAAUCCAGAACUCUGGUUGUUAAUUUAUAAAAACGCUAACUCUUGUGCCAUUCAAACUGUUUUUGUUGCUUUGUGCUUACAUCAGUACAUAUUUUAGCCUUUCGCAAAAAAGAGAAAUGCAAAUCCCUCACUUGUGUCUCAAACAUGAAGGUAUGUGACAACAUGAAAAAUUAUCUGUAUACCUACACAAACUUUUAUUAUGUAUAGGAUGAUUUAAGCUGUAACACGUACAGCAAUGAAAUGACACUUAUUUUUGAAAUUAAAUGUAAAAAUCCCUUCAGACCAUAGCAAUGGUUAUUAAAAUGUGUACAUUUUUGAUACUGAGUAAAAUGUUUUCAUAAGACAUAAAAUUCAUUUGUUCAUGUAUGGUGACAUGAAAAUAAAACAAUCAAAGUCA